GUGUACGAUUGGUUUACCGGGUUGUGCCAACGCACAAGUAGGCUUUUAAAUAAACUGUUACACAAACUUACCUCGGAGGACAUUGUGACAUUAUGGCACCCACUAUUACUGAUAAGGACUUCAAAGUGCACCACGAUCGGAACCAAGUGACACCAUUCAAGGACGACGAGGAGGAAGACGCCUAUACGCGCUACGUAACGCGUUACUCAGAUGGAACCGUUAAAUUGCGCAACCCUAACAUCGAGCUAAUGGAUCAGGAUAUCUUGUAUCACUUGGCUUUGGGAAACGAGAGCCAUGAUUUGAAAGAAAUGUUCGGCGACAUUAAGUUCGUUUGCAUGGGCGGGACACCAAAGCGCAUGGAUAACUUUGCACACUUCAUAAUGAACGAAAUCGGCUACAAGCUGCCAGCGGGAAUGCAAUUGCAGGACAUCAGUGCCUACUCGUACCGCUACUCGAUGUACAAAGUUGGCCCUGUGCUUUGCGUGAGUCACGGCAUGGGAACGCCUUCGGUGAGCAUAUUGAUGCACGAGAUGAUCAAGCUUAUGUACCACGCCAAGUGCCGGGAUCCAAUCUUCAUACGCAUUGGCACUUGCGGCGGUAUAGGAAUCGAGGGUGGCACGGUCAUCAUAACGGACGACGCUCUGGACGGCCAGCUGCGGAACUCACAUGAAUUCACGAUUCUUGGCGAGACGGUGCACCGCCCGGCCAAGCUGGACAAAAAGCUGGCACGUGAGCUGAAGUCGUUGGCUAGUGCUGAUGAUCCUUACGACACCAUAAUUGGUAAAACCCUCUGCACGAACGACUUCUACGAGGGCCAGGGUCGUCUGGAUGGUGCUUUUUGUGAGUUUAGCGAGAACGAAAAAAUGGCAUAUCUGGAGAAGCUGCGCGAGCACGGAGUCGUCAACAUCGAGAUGGAAAGCACUAUUUUCGCGGCGCUUACACAUCAUGCGGGAAUCAAGGCGGCCGUCGUGUGCGUCGCGAUUCUGAACCGUCUUAACGGCGACCAGGUGAACGCACCUAAAGAGGUGAUGCACGAGUGGCAACAACGCCCCCAGAUCCUCGUCUCACGCUAUAUACGCAAGGUUCUUGCACAAAACGGACAGCUGAAGUCUCUUUUGGGGCAUCAGGGCUCGAUCAAAUCGCCCCGACGGUUCACGUUCGUACAACAGGAAUCUCAGGCACAUGACUAGAUCGGCAAGGGUGGGUUGCGCGGGUGGAUUGUGUCUGGGCGGGCUAUAUUUUUGAUAUUCCAUCACUUCAAAGCCAACUGCAUAUAUGGUAUAGUGUCUAUGAUGUUUUAUAAUCAGGGAAUCAAUCCGAAUCUCAAUUCGGCUAAAUUUCCGGUUCUGGUACGCAGUGACACUUAUGUUUCGUUCUGUCUUGGAUCUUUUUUUUCUGAGUUCCGUUUUGGUACAUUGGUAUUUCAGUCGGUAUACAAUAGCCCUUUUGUAAAACUGGGCGGGAUAAUAGUUGGGAAAAACAACUGAAAAUAUCUGUUCAAUUUACAAGAUACUUCUUGUUCCGAUAGUUGCCAGCCUAAUGACAUAGUAUUCCGAAUCGUCUAAAAUUAAAUUUCUACCCGAUAAAUUAAAGGAUGCGACCAUAGAAGAACCAAAAUUGUACGGAAUGAUAGUUUCAGUUUUGAUACGACUUUGUAGUUUCAUGAAUGUUGGUUAACAAUAAACAGCUCUUAAAAAUGUAUAGUAUUGGGUUUAGUUAUCUGUUAGGGUUACAUAAAAAGUUUGGGUUCCGUUUGAUUCCCUGGUUAUAGUGAUAUGUGUAUAAUAAAUACUUGAUCCUGACCUCAAGUCACAUUCUGCGUUAAAGUAUCCAGGUUUUAUAAUCGUAGUGACCUUAGUUAUUAAUUGAAAAUUUCUAAGCUUGUUAUGUCUUUUUUAGAUCAAUUUUGCUAUGCAAACAAACUCCCUCACUAGCUAAUUUAAAAUUAUUUUUAUUUAGAUACUUAAGUAUGCUUUAAAUGAUAUCGAAAACAUUCCAAUAACAUAUACAAAUUGAAAAUGAACGCAUUGUGUUUCAAUCGAAAACGUGAUCCUCUAUGGCAUUGCAAUUAAAAAUAGUAAAAACAAAAACAUUUUUUACAAUUAACUAAUUAAAGUUGUUGAUCGCAUUGGCAUGACUAAAAAUAGUUAAAAACAAAUCGAACAAGAAAGUAAAGACGUUGUUAAUUAUUGUUAUUUUGCCAAGGCACUCCAAUAAGAUAAUUGAAAAUGUUUCAUAUAUACUAUAUAUAUGUAUAUGUAUGUAUUUAUUGUAAUUGUAAUUCUUAAACAUUUGUUAAACCUAAUUGUUAAACUGUGCCGUUUUUAUUAAUGUUGCUAAAUAGGAAAAAGCACACACAACCUAAACCAAAAACCCACAAUUUAUCAUAUUAGAUUCAAUAUACUAAAUUAUAUGUAUGUACGUAUGAAAAUAUGAAACAAUUCUAAACUUAAAAAAAUAAAUAAAUUGAAAUACAAGUUA